AUGGACGCCCACUUUUUUGCGUCGGAAGACAACGUGCCGAAACUCCCUGUGCCGUCGCUUGAGAGUACGCUUUCGCAAGUUUCGGUGGCUUUGAAGCCGCUCCUCACCGCAGAGGAGUACGAGGAGUUGCUUGAGGAAUCGGCUCUUUUCAUGCAAGACGAGCGGAUCACGUGUAUCCAGGCGCACCUCGAGGAAGCAGCCAAAAACCCGCAAGUAGCGUGCUAUUUGAACGUGAUCAACGGGGCCAGCUACCCGGGCAUAUAUGGCGAUCUCCGGGGUGACAUUCUCCCUCGCAACCCCUACCUCAUUCUCGAGGAGGAUCCAUAUGCCAUGACCAUCAACCCCCCGAAUCAGGCGCAGCGGAUGGCGUCUCUUGUGAACUCGUCUCUCAAGUUCAUAGUGACAAUGCGCAACGGCACCUUAAAGCCGGACGUCACGCCAAAGGCAGGGAAGCCGCUCACCAUGAACUGCUACCGCAACAUUUUUGGCACCACCCGAGUGCCCGCCCCGCACCACCUGGUGACGAUCAAAAAGUACCGCGAGCUCAACGAGUCACGUCACGUGGUGUUCAUUUGCAACAACCAGUUCUACACGUUGGAAGUCUUAACCAAGUGCGAAGAUGCUCUGGCCACGAGCAAACACCAGCUCUGGUUUAGCGACACAGAGCUUGCGUCGAUCGUUCAGUCCAUCAUCACAGACGCAUCUGCCGUGGAUCGUGUCGCCUCGGUCAACAACGGCAUUGGAUCCAUCACCACACAGACGUAUGGAGUGUGGGGCAAUGCACGUCUCGAGCUUUCCCAGUCGAGCCCGGAGGCGUUGGAGAAGAUCGACAACGCGCUUUUUGUUGCGGUGCUCGACACCACGAUUUCGCCCGUGACCGAGCAGGAGAAAACACGCGCCAUUUCUUUUGGAACGUCGAUUCUCGCCGAGGGCACUAACAUCCAGGUAGGCUCAUGUGCACUGCGCUGGUAUGACAAGUUGCAGCUCGUAGUGACUGCCAAUGCCGUGGCGGGUGUUGUGUGGGAAUCCUCUUCCAUGGACAGCACGGCCAUCCUCCGCUUCAUCAGCGAUAUCUACACCGACCUGAUUUUAAAGCUCGCCCGCAACAUCAACGGCGCGGAGAGUACGCUUUUUGACACGAACAUCCGCUUCGUCUCGCAGGCAGCGACGCCGCAAAAGCCCACCGCCAAGGUCUUGCGCUUUGAAAAGACCCCAGAACUCUCCACCUUAGUGCACUUGUCUGAGACCCGCUUGGCUGAUCUCCUCAACCAGCACGAGUACCGCACCUUGAACUUGAAGCUCGACUCCACGUUGCUCUCGAAAAUGAACAUUCUGACCGACUCUGUGUUGCAAAUCGGCUUCCAGAUUGCAUACUACGCCUUGUACGGAAAGCUUGCUAACACCCUCGAGCCUAUUACCACGCGUAAGUUCCGUGACGCUCGUACAGAACUCAUUGCCGUUCAGAACGAGUCGGUCUCCAACCUCGUUAAAUUGUACAUCACCUCUGACGACAACACCAAAAAGUGGGAGGCGUUCAAAGCAUGCUGCGAGAUCCACACAGCGCUGUACCGUGACGCCAUGAAGGGCAAGGGCUUCGAGCGCCAUCUCAACGCGCUCUAUCAAGCACUUACUAGACCAGGUGCCAUCGAAAAGUUAAACGAGGUGAACAAAGAUACAUCGCUCCCACCUAUUUCCAUCCUGGGUCAAUCGGUGUCUGCAAGCUUUCCAUUUCUCUUUGGUGAUAUGUUUGAAAAGUUGACUAACGCAGAGCUCUUGAUUCUGAAUUGUGGAAACCCGGCCUUGCGGCUUUUUGGCAUUCCGCCAUCUAUUGACCAAGGUUUCGGCAUUGGCUACAUCAUUCAGAAAGACAGUGUGAUGGUUACGGUAUCUUCAAAAUACCGUCAAACUGAGCGGCUCUUGGACACUUUCAAAUCAUUCAUGUCGGAGAUCAAGCGUAUUGUAAGCGGUGAGGCUGACCUCGUGAUGGAACUGGCUGACUCCGUGAACCGCAGACAAGAGUUGAAGUCUAUUCGUAUCCAGCGGGAGUUGAGCAAGAUCAACUUGACCUCUUCUCUGACAAAACACCCAAUCGAGAUCAUUUUGGACACCCCAACUUAUGAGCCCUACCAGCCCAUAAAACAAGAAGAAGACCUGCCGGACGAAGACUAUAAAUACCUUGGUGGCUAUGGGUAUUUUGAUAUGGGACAGGUCACGAUUCGAAAUGACCAACUUUCCCAUGCUGAGCUGUCAUUGAAUAGUCGCCUGCACCUUGGAUCUACCUUUGGGUCAAGAAACGGCUCGAAGCGCCUGUCGCAUUUGAAUCUUCAUGCAAUGAACAAGAAGCUCAACCAGGCCAUUGAGAUGAGAGAGCGGAUGUCACUCGGUGAGAAAAUCAGAGAACGCUUGCUGGCAAGCUUGAACGAUUCUGCCACUAAAUUGGCUGACUAG